AUGACAACACUUGCGAUACCACUGCCGAAACGUCCGACCCAUCCGACCGGGAUCUGGGACUGGCUAACUACGAUCGACCACAAGAAGAUCGGUAUCUUGUACGGCGUGACCGCCUUCAUCAUGUUUUCGACGGGCGGAAUCGAGGCGCUGUACAUCCGCGCCCAGCUGGCAACGCCCGAGGCCCAGCUGGUUAGCCCGGAGGUAUUCAACCAGCUCUUUACGAUGCACGCCACGACGAUGAUCUUCCUGGGCGUGAUGCCGAUGGGAGCGGCGUUCUUCAACUACAUCAUCCCGCUGCAGAUAGGAGCGCGUGACGUGGCGUUCCCACGCCUCAAUGCCUUCAGCUACUGGACUUCUUGGCGGCGCGCUGAUUCUGAAGCUGAGCUGGUUCAUGGGCGGCGCGCCAAACGCCGGAUGGUUGGCUACUCGCCGAUCACGGGACUGGCGUACAACCCGGGGCACGGCAUCGACUUUUGGAUUCUGAGCCUGCAGGUGCUCGGUAUCGCCUCGCUGGCGGCUGCGUUCAACUUCAUCGUGACGAUACUGAACAUGCGCGCGCCGGGCAUGUCGCUGAUGCGGAUGCCGCUGUUCACGUGGAUGACGCUGGUGACGGCGUUCCUCCUGAUCCUGGCGUUCCCGGUCAUCACGGUGGCGCUGAUCGAGCUCCUCUUCGACCGCUUCUACGGGACGAACUUCUUCGUCACGAGCGCCGGUGCGAACCCGCUCUUGUGGCAGCACCUGUUCUGGAUAUUCGGGCAUCCUGAGGUCUACAUCCUGAUUCUCCCGGCGAUGGGAAUCGUGUCGGAGAUACUGCCGACGUUCUCCAAGAAGCCGCUCUUCGGCUACCCGGUCAUCGUGCUGUCGGGGAUCAUCAUCGGGUUCAUGGGCUGGAUGGUGUGGAGCCACCACAUGUUCACGGUCGGUCUCGGGCCCGUGGCCAACUCGGUGUUCGCGAUAACGACGAUGGCUAUCGCGGUGCCGACGGGCGUGAAGAUAUUCAACUGGAUCGGGACGAUGUGGGGCGGGUCGAUCGACUUCAAGACGCCCAUGCUGUUCGCGGUGGGGUUUAUCGCGUUGUUCAUCGUUGGCGGUCUGAGCGGGGUGAUGCACUCCUCCGCGGCGUCGGACGCUCAGCAGCAGGACACCUACUUCGUCGUCGCUCACAUUCACUACGUGCUGUUCGGCGGGGCGAUCUUCGCCCUCUUCGGCGGCAUCUACUACUGGUUCCCGAAGAUAUACGGACGGUUCCUUAAUGAGCGGCUCGGUAAGCUCAACUUCUGGCUCAUGUUCAUCGGCAUGAACGUGACGUUCUUCCCGAUGCAUUUCGUCGGACUCGACGGGAUGCCACGCCGGGUGUUCACGUAUCCCGAGAACAUGGGAUGGGACUUCUGGAACAUGGUCGCCACCGUCGGUUCCUUUAUCCUGGCGUUCGGGAUACUGAUUUUCAUCGUGAACUACAUCAAGAGCGUCCGGAGCGGUGAGAUAGCUAGCGCCGAUCCCUGGGACGGACGAACGCUUGAGUGGUCGAUUCCGUCACCGCCUCCGCACUACAAUUUCGUGCAGAUUCCCCAGGUCUACGACCGGGACGCGUGGUGGGCGCAGAAGCGGGAGCGCAUCCCCGCGGUGCCGGUAGCGGGCAGCUCGGAAGACGAGCAUAACGGGCACGACAUUCACCUGCCGCAGCCGUCGUACUGGCCGCUGGUGACGUCCCUCGGACUUUUCAUCGGGGCAUACGGUCUGCUCUUCACCAUCGACAUCGCGGAAGUCGCCCACGCGGGCGGGCACGAAGAACACGAUACGACGACCGGUCUGAGCCACAAGAAGCUGCUCAUGUGGGCCUUCUUGGGCUCGGACUGCAUGUUCUUCGGCUCGUUCAUUGCGACGUACUUGGUAUACAAGAACCGCAGUCAAAUCGGACCGUUCCCGGAGGACGUGUUCGACAUUCUCACGACUUCGACGAGCACCUUCGUACUGCUUAUGAGCAGCAUGAGCAUGGUGCUGGCGUACAACGCGCUGACUCGUGGGAACAUGAAGGGCUUCCGCAUCUGGCUGCUCUCGACGUGCAUCAUGGGGGCGACCUUCCUGGCCUUCCAGGUCUUCGAGUUCAACGAGUUCGUCAAUUACCACGUCGACAUCGAUUGCAAGCAUCUCAACAUCGAAGAGUUGACCGACUUCGAGAAGACCUUCGCGGACCGGUGCGACGGCACGGUCGAUCACGUGGCGGUGGAGACGGGGCUGACGCCGAGAACGAACCUGUUCGGCACGACGUUCUUCACAUUGACGGGAUUCCACGGGGGACACGUCACGAUUGGGGUCAUAUGGCUGCUGUCGAUCUUCUUCUUUUCCUUGAGGAAGGGUGGCAUCACCCCGAAGAAACAUGAGGAGAUCGACAUUGCGGCGCUGUACUGGCAUUUCGUCGAUAUAGUGUGGAUCAUCAUCUUCACUGUGGUGUACCUCUUCGGGGUAUUCCCGGGUUUCGAAUAG